AUGAAAACCGUUGAAGAAGCUAGACGGAGAUGGGAGAUCCUCUCUCGUCAUGGCAAAAGCACAAGCGAUCUGAGGCAGGCGGUUAUAAAAGAAGAAUCCGGAAACCCCUGUGAAGAUGGCCUCAGAUCAGUGUUCUGGAAGGCCUUCUUGCUUUGUGACAACCUCGACCAGCUGGAAUGGAAACACCGGUUAUCUGAUACACGCAGCGCAUACGAGUCUUUGAGGGACCAUUUUCUGAAGUAUAUACACCACCCAGAUGAUCUGGAAUCUACGGUGGACCCUCUAGCUGAGGAUGACGAGUCUCCUUGGCAGGCUCUCCGCCGCGAUGAAGGAAUCAGGGCGGAAAUAUACCAAGAUGUGGAAAGAUGUUUGCAGGAAAAUUAUUUCUUCCGAGAACCAACCACAAAAUCCAUGAUGCUAGAUAUUUUGUUUAUUUACUCGAAACUGAACCCGGACCUUGGCUAUCGACAAGGGAUGCAUGAGUUACUUGCUCCAGUUCUGUGGGUUGUCGAGCGCGAUGCGAUCGAUCUGAAGCACCGGAACACGAAUCAUACGGGCGAAAGCGAUGCCUUGUUGCAGAUGCUGGAUUCAAAAUACGUCGAACAUGAUUCUUUCAGCCUAUUCUGCAGUAUUAUGCAAAUUGCACGGCCAUUUUAUGAGCACGCCGACGAAAAGACGGUCAACGGCCAUGCGGAAAUUGCGCCUAUAGUUCGACUCUGUCAACGCAUCCACGACGAGCUUCUUAUGAACGCGGAUCAUGAGCUGGCCUCAUACUUGAACUCUAUUGAAAUUCUGCCGCAGAUAUUCUUGACUCGGUGGAUACGCUUGUUAUUUGGCCGAGAAUUUUCCUUCGAAGACACCCUUCUCAUGUGGGACGUGCUUUUUGCAAACGGAUUAAGGGUUACCUUAAUAAACAACAUUUGCGUUGCAAUGCUUCUUCGAGUUCGAUGGCAGCUACUUCAAUCGGACUAUUCAUCUGCUCUGACCCUAUUAUUGCGCUAUCCCGCUCUUCAAAAGCAUGGGCCUACGACUUUAGUACACGAUGCGCUAUUCCUAGAGCAAGAUCCCAAUCCCGCACGCGGAGCGUUUCUUGUCUCAAAGUAUUCAAAUCGCCCCCCAGAUCUUACAAAGCAACCGCUACAACACCGUUUGAGGGCGACAUCUUCCAAACGGAAUCACGUUCGUGGCGAUUCUUUCGAUGAAAGUCAAGCAAGCUCCCCGGGUCGAUCGCCUGCGAGAAAUAGCCAGCGAAGCCUCGAAAUGUUAUUUCAGGACGUUUCGGAAGGACUCCAACGUCGGACGGAAAACUGGGGUGUUGCCAAAGCUGUCCGUGGGGCUGUCACUGAGGCCAGGCGAAACAUGACCAAUGUAGAAAGUGGAGGGGUUCCGUCUUUACGACCUUGGUACAGUAGCCCCCGAUUUGGGACCCCAGCGCUUGGACAGUCCAAAGACUCGGAUCCAGUGAACUCAGCCAAGCAGCCGGCCUUCCUGGAAAAGGGAGAGGGAGACCCUGAACUAGCACAACUUUUGAAAACUGCACUCGAUGAUUUGGAUGUUGUAAAAGGGGCGACAGCGAUCUUUGAACCUCGGAUAGCCGAUGCUCUUCAAGGGGCCUAUGAGAAAAUCCAAUGCGCGCGGUCCAAGGUUCAAACUCCGCAGCCUCAAGUUAUAGCAGCGCCUGCGACAGAUAGUGAUGCAACUUCCGAGCAGCAACAAGAAUCUGAGGCUGUUGAGGAGCAAGAUGACAGUCCCUUGCCCGAGGAACCACGUGCAGAGCUAUCAGAAGAGAAACAAAGCCCUACGGAGGAUUCUGCUAUGCCCACACAGGGGCCUCUCAUAUCGAAGGUGUCUGAAGACCCCGGGAUAGUUAAGACUGUCGAAGCUCCAAGUGUAGCUCCUCUGCCACCGCGACCGGCUACGUCCUCUCCGGGAGUACGGGCACCGUUGGCAGACUCGGAAUUCUCAUGGAUGCUGGGUGAGCAUACCCACCGGUCCACCUUUGUCAGUUCAGCCUCGCUUCCUCCAGAUCAGAGGAGACACAGCGAGUCGCGCUCCAAAAGCCCUCUCUUCGGCGACGCUCGAGACCAGGCUCGCGAAGGUUGUACGGACGACGAAGACGGCUUGUCCUUGAACAGUUUUACGUAG